GAAGGGCCGGGCCAGCUCCAGUGCCUGCAAGGAUGGGUGGGCGGCAGUGACCCUGGGGGCCGAGGAGGGGGCGCGGGGCUCUGGCUGCACAGGAACCGGGUGUUGCUGGUGCCAGUUCUCAGCCGGGCUGCGAUGACGCCUGGCACAGCGCUGAGCUCAUUGGCCUGGAGCUGCCCUGACUCACCCAGGAAGCUCUGGGAGGGGGCAGCUGUUGGCACCCCAAAGAGCAGCACCUCUGCAGCACUGUGCAGACGUGGGCAGCGGGACACAGCCCAGCAGGAUGGUCCUCGGGGUGCAGGGCAGCGUGCCCAGUGACCUGACCCCAGAGGAGUGCCAGGAGCUGGAGAACAUCCGCCGCCGCAAGCAGGAGCUGCUGGCUGACAUUCAGAGGCUGAAAGAUGAGAUCGCAGAAGUGACGAAUGAGAUCGAGAACCUGGGCUCCACGGAGGAGAGGAAAAACAUGCAGAGGAACAAGCAGGUGGCAAUGGGCAGGAAGAAGUUCAACAUGGAUCCCAAGAAGGGCAUCCAGUUCCUGAUUGAGAACGACUUGCUGAAGAACACGUGUGAGGAUAUUGCUCAGUUCCUCUACAAGGGAGAGGGCCUCAACAAGACAGCCAUUGGAGACUACCUGGGUGAGAGGGACGAGUUUAACAUCCAAGUCCUGCACGCCUUCGUGGAGCUGCAUGAGUUCACGGACCUCAACCUCGUCCAGGCAUUGCGGCAGUUCCUGUGGAGCUUUCGGCUGCCGGGAGAGGCACAGAAGAUCGAUCGGAUGAUGGAGGCCUUCGCACAGCGGUACUGCCAGUGCAACCCUGGCGUCUUCCAGUCCACAGACACCUGCUAUGUGCUCUCCUUCGCUAUCAUCAUGCUGAACACCAGCCUGCACAACCCCAACGUCAAGGACAAACCCACAGCAGAGCGAUUCAUCGCCAUGAACCGUGGCAUCAACGAUGGGGGGGACCUGCCUGAGGAGCUGCUGCGGAAUCUCUAUGAGAGCAUCAAGAAUGAACCCUUCAAAAUCCCAGAGGAUGAUGGCAAUGACCUCACACACACCUUCUUCAACCCUGACCGGGAGGGCUGGCUGCUGAAGCUGGGAGGAGGAAGGGUGAAGACGUGGAAGCGGCGCUGGUUCAUCCUGACCGACAACUGCCUUUACUACUUCGAAUACACGACGGAUAAAGAGCCACGUGGCAUCAUCCCCUUGGAGAACCUGAGCAUCCGUGAGGUGGAGGACUCCAAGAAACCCAACUGCUUUGAGCUCUACAUCCCUGACAACAAGGACCAGGUGAUCAAAGCGUGCAAAACGGAGGCAGACGGGCGGGUAGUGGAGGGGAACCACACCGUGUACCGCAUCUCAGCCCCCACACCUGAGGAGAAGGAGGAGUGGAUCAAGUGCAUCAAGGCAGCCAUCAGCCGGGACCCAUUCUACGAGAUGCUGGCUGCCAGGAAGAAGAAGGUAUCCUCCACCAAGAGGCACUAGCAGCCUGGCAAGACCACCAUGCCCCUGGCAGCACCAUACCUCCAUCCGCAGGGCUGCGGGGCUGGGGCUCAGCACGGCCCUGGUGCCAGGACCCAGCUUCAGCUUUGCAGUUUCUUUACCGUGGGGGGAGGGAGGGAGCAAGGGUAUCUCAGUGCCAUCACCACCUCGCUUCCAGACAGCUCCAGGCUGCAGCUGGGACUCCCUUGCACACAGUCCUGGGGUUGGCUGUGAGAUGAGAAGUGUCACCUGUGCACAUCGCCCUCCCCUCCCACCUUAGCAGCCCAGUGCUUGCCCGGCAUCCCCCCACUGAGCUCCCACUGAGCAGCUUCCAGUCCUGGGCAGCAGUGAGCUGCAGCCAGUGGGAGAGAUAAGAGCCUGGCCAAGGGGAACCCAGCAUCCCCAUGUUGGGGACGGGCUUCUGGGUCCCAGCACUCGUGUCCUGAAGCACUUGAGGUGUCCCAUCCUGGAGGAGAAGGCUGGCAGUUGUGGGGUGCUGGAGGCACAGGGCAGCCCCAGGGCAGUGGCAGCGCUCCUGGCCCUCGUUGUAGCGGGCUUGGGGUGCCCUCCCCAGCCAUGGGGUGCUGGAGCUGGGGGAGGCUGCAGUCCCAUGGCACCAGGCUGGUGCUGCCCUGCCACAUCCUACAGCCAUGAGCCCCUCAGUGCUGGGUAGGGAAGGCCAUUGUGAGCCCCUGACCCCAGGCAGGACUGCACCAAGGAUGGCUGCCAUCAGGAUGUGGCCCCACUCCUCUGCCCCACAAACACCACGGCCAUCCCAUUCCCCAGCCACAUACGCAGGUCCAGAGAGACACCUGGAUCAGUAUCAGUCUAUUUAUCAGAGGUGUAAAUAUUCCUGUAUAGUUUCCUCCUUUUAAAUUAUUUUAUAUGUAGGGGUUAAGUGCAGAGGCCUCUCUGGCGGGUACGGUGUGGCUGGAUUUUAUAUUCCUUUGGGUUAUUUGGGUUUUUUUUUUGCCACGGCCUUGUAAACUGCAGCCAAUAAACACCAAACUGCGCUCA